ACCUCCGCCCCACAGCGAAGGAUUCUCUUGGCAAACGGAGCUCCCUUCUCUCUCCCCCACCCUCAAGCCCAGGGAGCUCCUCCGAUGACCCCGGGGAGUUCGUGAAAGCCAUGCGCCCCGACGACAUCAACCCUCGCACCGGUCUGGUGGUGGCUUUGGUCAGCGUCGUCCUGGUGUUCGGCUUCAUGUUCACAGUGUCCGGGAUCAAGGGGGAGACUUUGGGGGACAUCCCUCUUCUGGCCAUCGGGCCGGCCAUCUGCUUGCCGGGCAUCGCCGCCAUCGCCCUGGCGAGGAAAACCGACGGCUGCACCAAGUGGCCCGAUAACAGGGGGCCCCCGCCUUGCGGCAGCUGCUGCUGCUGCCGCAAGAAGCCCCGAGACAAAGACGUCCUGGAGCUGCUGAGGACCCCGUCGGACCUGGAGUCUGGCAAGGGCAGCUGCGACGAGCUGGCCAAGAAAGCCUACGGAGCCAAGGACAGGAAGGGGAGCCCCCGAGGAGGAGGAGGAGAGGACAGCCUUUCCACUUGCACGACCAUCACCACCUCCGCCGCCGUCGGGGAGGGCAGGGGCUCUCUGCACAAAGUGGAGCAGGAGGAGAAGCGGAGAUAUUUGGAGAACUGCUGCCCGGAGAUGCCUGGGAAUGUCUUGGGGGCCGGAGCCACCCUUUUUAGUGCCUUAGAGGAGCAGGAGAAGCAGCAGGAGGAAGGAUCUCCCGUCUUCGAAGGGGCCCCCGCGCUCCCGGGCGCAGAGGACACCGUUUCCGUGGCCCCUCUGAACAGCAUCAUCGUCUGUUCCUACAAGGACAGCAGCCCUUACGACAGGUACUGUUGCUAUAUAAACCCCAGCGAGGAAAUCAGCUCGGAUCACGAGACGAUAGUUUGAAAAGACUUGGUGGACGGGUCCUCUUUCUCCCCCUCCCCUCUUUUUUAUUUUUUAAAGAAGACUUUGACGAAUGGGCGGUGUUGUUUCGAGCAAGUAAUGAAGGAACCCUCCCAGCAGCCGGCUCUUUUAAAACAAAAAUAAUAACUGCUAAUAAUAGUAAUAGUAGUAAUAAUAAUAAUA